AUGGGUGUUAUUAUUUUGAAGUGGAAAUGCUUUCAGCUUAGACUCCUUUACCGUUUCUUAAUGUUUAACCUGCACUAAGAGUUGGAUUUGCAUGUUAUGAAGACUAAGACCUUGAACUGCCCUUAGGCUCUCAUGCGAGGAGUUAUUCCUUUGCAAGUACUGGCAAGAUUAUUUGCAAUUCUCUAAGUUCAUCAAAGAAAACCAACUAACCAUAUGAUAUAUACGAAGGUAAAAUUAGCAGUUCUAAUGCUUUUAGGCACAUACUAUGCUGGGGUUAGCCUUUAUAUGCAAGCAUAAUGCAGAAUUAAUUUUGGAGAAAAUCCAUUCAAAUACCCCCCUUAACAAGUUCAAUCAUUAUAAGCUCUAGAAAGAUGGUCUCCAUAUAAUUUGGUCCUCAAAAAUCCAAGGGGGGUUUAGAUACCUAGGCCAAAAUAAUGA